CGAAGGGGGCGUCGUUGCAUUGCCGCGCCUCCUCUAUCUCCCAUCGGCCAUAGGAGAGGGAAGGUGUACUCUGUCCACGAUCGCAGACCCCAGCCCCUCAAUCCACAGCCGCCGGGACCUCCGCCCCUGAACGCGACAACCGCGGUGUCGGCUAUGCUCCGAUCUGCCGCCGGAUUCGCGCUCCGGCGCCAGGCGCCGGCCCCUCGUUUCUCCAGCCACGGCGGCGGCAGCAGCCCUGGAUGCAGCUGCACCACCAGGCGGAUGUACUCUGGUGGCAUGAAUGAAUCCAAGAGCACGAUGGCUGAUGACAUCAAGAGAACAAUCGCCUCGUUUUGUGAAAAAACCGGCUGGAAAGGGAAGGACCUGUUGUUUGGCUGCAUCGCUGGUACCUUAAUGUGUACGUACAAGUACAAUGCGACAGGAGCGGGAAUACUAGGAUACAGAUUUGAUGAAGUGAGAAAGGAGCGAGAGGUGAGGAAGCAGAGGGAGGAGGCGGACAAAAACAAUAUUGAUAUUUCAUUCUGCUGAUCUCUUUGUAUACCCGAAAUGUAAGCCACACAUGAGAAAGGACGAAAGGCCACACUUGUUCACAAAAGGGAUAUCAUAAAGCUGUGAACUCUUCUAGCUUAUGUAUUUCUAAAAAAUGUACUUAUUUGAAGCUGGAAGACGUGGUGAUGCUUAUUUGUUGUUUUGAUCCUUUUCACCCUGCCAUCAGUAUAUCUUUUGUUCAUAAUUUGUACAGAUGGUGCAUGCACGGAAGAUUUGUUUCGUGCAACCAUAUGUUGUAGGUAGAAAGUCUUAACUUGAAAUUUGUUAACAUGCCAUGACAUACCUUUCC